GUUUCUCAAGUAUCCAUCAUGACACUCCCCCAACUUUUUCGUCUCAAUGGGCAACGAAAUGUGGUAAUAAGACCGAUGAAUAUCCAGGAUUGGAAACGUUUGUAUUCGGUGAAGCUGGAAUCCGCGAAGAAAGACGCUACGGGAACCAGACACUGUCUACAUCUACUAAUAAUCUAUAUGGGCCUCAUCAGAGGACUAAUGGCAGCUUUGCUGACAUCCGCGAUACAUCGGACUCGACACACAACACGGAGCAAGACCUGCUGCAGGUUCACCAUUCUGAUCAGGCUCAAAUGUCGCCAGCAUCCCCUGCGAUUGGGUAUCAGCAUAUGGCUGGGAUUUUUAGUGCCGUUUGGGGCAUCAAGGCCAUGUCAGAUGCAGUGAACAGCGGUCAAUGUUUUACCAAACAGGCCAUCCUCGAUGAUAGGGCGCCUCUUCAAGUUCAAUCUGACCAGACUCCACGUUCACGACCUGUGCACUCUAUAGCUAUGAGCUUACCUAGCGAGAUCAUUCAACAUGUGUACUCUUAUAUGCAUCCGAGAGAUUUCAACGCCGCCCGACAUACAUGUAGAACAUGGAUGAUUGCAAGUCUAAACAAUCACAUACUCUGCUCCAUGCUUCGGCGUGGAGCCUGGUGGUCUGGCUACCGAAGCCACGUCCAGGAAGCCACGCUAUUUGUUGGAAGGUUUCAAUCAUUGUCGGCGCGACGUAUCUGGUCGAUGAGCUGUUUUAUUAGUAGGGAAUGUGCAUUAGCAGGCGGAUGGACUGGCAAUGACCUCUCGCGGGUGAAUUACCCAGCGAUGGCUACAUGCGAUCACCAUUGGGGACAGUGUCAAAAACCGUCAUGCUGGGCGUCUAGACGAUCUAUAACUAACGUCGAAGUCUUUCGGCAGGUUACACGUACCAAUUUUGAGGAUCUCGCGGCCGGUUACAAAAAACGAAGCAGGCGCCGUGAGCUGAUCUUCACUGUGAGUUCUUGCGGGAACUACGUGCUAGUCGCCGAAGGUGGGAUGAUAUACGUCUACGAAAUCUUUGGCGACAAUCUUCAUGUCCUUACGAGAGUAAUUUGUCCUCGAAGAGUUCUAGCUAUGAGUAUCAAUGCUUCUUCUAGGCGCUUUGCUAUUGCUGCUGUGCUUGAAGGCCGAAUGGGACUUAUGUGCAGCUUUCUUGUUCGAACUUAUAGCGGUGAGGACUUUGUCAAUACAGCAUCGGGUAUUGUCGCGGAGCAAGCACUGGAUCUUCAUGAUCCCUCUGACGUCGCAUCUACCAAUUCUCGUGGGAUUUAUCCUCAGAGGAGCACCGACGUAUUUGAGAUUCAAUCUGGAAGUGCUAAGGAGACUGUAGCAGAUGACCAAACUGAACUGGGGCGAGAAUCAGUGCGCAUAAAUCGAACCUGGAACUCUCAUGUUUUAGGAAUCAACGUGCUUCCAGAAACCAAGAACACCAAGCAAGCCAGAAGCACGCUGCUCGCAAAUGGAUCACGAAGUUUCUACCAUCAGUUAUGCUUUGAAGAUGACCCUCCCCGAAGCGUGGCUAUCUGCCCACAACGCCAAUGUGUAGCUUUUGGUUGUUCGACAGGACUUGACUUGCAUUGGAUUGAUGCAUUGUCUGGCCAGGACUUGAAUCGCUGGUUCCCUCUAACUGUGCCAAGUGAUCAUCUUUAUUUUUUUCCGCCAAGACCCAAGAUUGAUUCAUUGAGAAGAAUACAGCUGAUAUCAAGUGCUGCACACCCAAGUCAACGAGCUUCCAUUGCCCGAAGAUUUGAGCUAUCUAGAGCUCAGACACAACCGCUAAAUACGAACCCGUUUUGGGGAUCGAUUGAUCUCGAGAAUCGCAUACCUGUCAUUGAGGGAUUUGUCGGUGGCAGCGAUCAUUAUCGCGCUGUGCCCAUGACUGAUGGCGUCCAUAUUUUGUUCACAGACCCCAAAUCCGGAAUGCUUUGUCUAGGAAGCGACGCACAGUCUAAUGAGCAGCAUAGACUUAUGCGAAAAAUCAUAUUUAUUCCUCCGUCUUCCGGUGCCAUCCCCAGGCUUUACAGCGCUAGUGCUAGCACUUCGAGCGGACCUCGAAUUGUUGCUGCAUAUGAUGAUGAGGUGGUGUUGUACUCAGUUCCAUCCGACGUAUUUGAAUUGUCCUCAAAGCAACAGUAUGGUGCUAUAACGGCCGUUGAUCUAGAUGCCGCUGCAACGUGGCUAUCUUGGUGGCCAGAGGAAGACGCACUGAAGAAUUUUUUUCAGUUAUCUGUAUCUCCUGAUUCAGAUACCGAAUCUCAGUCAAUAUGGCCCCUCGGUAUACGUGGCGUACACGUUGGAAAUUUAAGGUGUCUGGUGGAAUUGUCAAUCAAUACAGUCUCAGGAAUUCUCUCGAUUUGGGGGUUUGGAGCUGAUGGAGAGGCUCUCGUAUGGCAGAUUGAUGACGGCUCGUCAAAGCAAUAUUUGAAAGAGCAUAUCAUCUCCCACGAUGGGCAAAUUAUGGAUUCUUACCAACUCGAUCCCGACGGCGAUGUUGUCAUGCGAAUUGCGGAGGAUAUCGAAUUUCGUGCCGAAUCCUCGUCAUCAUGAUUAGUUGAGGGCAUUCCAGUGGACUUUCCAAUCAAUCACUACCACGAGAUCGAGCUCUGGGACAGAAUACGGUACGUAAGUUUAGUAACGAGACCUGGUUCAGUGGGGCUGGUUGAGGGAACCUAGAUGAAGAGUAAAUUGAACUUAGUGCAGAUCUUGUGGACGACACUGACUCCAAACCACGCGUCUACCUACGAGAAGACUGCAUACAUUUUCUACGCGCUGGCCAUGAACCUAGAAUGUGACCUAGACAUUCUAUCAAAACUCUUUAUUAUUCAUCAUUAC